AGCAGACAGAGCGCUGCUUGGAGAGGACCGAGUUUAGAUAAGACUCUCUGGCUGACCUUGCUAUUUGAGCGGUGACCAUAAACAACACACCGUCCAGGGAAGACAUGACAACCCAAAGUUUGCCCGCACUGUCCAGCUCAGGAUUCCGAUUUUCUAAAGAGCAUUUGGUGGUCGCAGUGCCGGUCGCAGUGGUUGCAGCUGUCGGAGGUUUCCUGGUCAGCCAUUACCUGAGAGGGCGGAGCUGUAAAAAGGGCCAGGUAAACACGUCCAUCAGUAAAGAUAGUCCCAAAGUGGUCCACAGCUUCGACAUGGAGGACAUCGGCACCAAGGCUGUGUACUGCCGCUGCUGGAAGUCAAAGAAGUUCCCUUUCUGCGACGGAGCCCACACCAAACACAACGAGGAAACUGGGGACAACGUUGGGCCACUCAUCAUCAAAAAGAAAGACGCUUAAGCUGACUAGCCCGAAGGCCCCGCCCCUUCCCUUGACUUCUCAUUCUCCAGGGCCCCAGUUUGUCCAAUCAUUUAUUGUCAUCAUUGCUGUCUUACACUGAUGGUUACAGUUUGACACUCAGAGCACAGAACAGAAACUGUUGAUAAAUUUUGAUUUCCUACUUUCCACUCUGUUCCCACAUUAGCCGACAUGACUUUGAAAUUGAAGGUCAUUUGAGGAGAGAUAAGGGGCUUUUGACAAUCGGCACAGUCAGACGUGAAGGUAUUAUGACCGUGCAGUUGCAUUUUGACCUACUACAUGUGAAGUUGGGUUAAAAUCCUCACCGGACCUGAUAUAAGUGAAAUAUUUGCAGGUGUCACCUGUGUCCCCUCCCUUCUUGACUCCCCUGGAGCGGGCUGUUGAAACGUAAUGGUCUGGCAGCUCUUUACCUCAGUCGGUCCAAUAUUUCAUUUAAAUUCAGCGAAGGCCUUAUAUUGAAAUCUAUAUCCCUCAAACCCAGAGUGCAUACACACACGAUCCAUAUGAAUGUUAAAUGUUUGUACAAAGAGCUGCUCAGUCAGGAAAUGAAAGUUAUGUUUGUCUUAAAUUAAAUAAUCUCCACUCUUGAAGUGCUGAAACACUAUCUGCCGUCUGUAACCAGUUAUCGUCAGCUUUCUGAGGAAACUUGUAUUUAAUCUGUAUAGUGUUGAAAGGUUCUCUGCUCAUAAAGGAUAUAUUUUGGUUUCUCAUUAGAUUUAUUUUCUACUGGCUGUGGUGUGUCUGACUUGAUUCAUUGUUCUGUAUAUUGUGAAUAAAACUUGAGUGAUCUGA